AUGAACGCUCAGAGAGAUGGCGGGGAGAAAUUCGAAAGCGAAGUCUCGCGGAAGUCAUGCGAUUGUGAGAGAAGAGGGGCUGACGGGAAUCAAGAAGGCGAGAAAGAGUUGGGGAAUAAGGAUACAGGAGGACGACGAUGGGUCAGUGACAUUGUGUCGAAGGAGACACAGGCCAAUGAGGACAUAGCGGUCCAGGAAACCGGAAAUCAUGAAGAGAAGGUGCCGGUUAGCGAUAGAAUGGCGAAAGAGGAACAUAUCAGUGAAAUUACGGAGAAGGAGCCUUCUAUCAACCCAGAAGAUACGGUCGAUGGGUGUGGAUAUCCUGAAAUACCUGACCCCUAUGACCGAUCUCGUACCCUCAAUAGGAGCGACCUCCGGAAACAGCGCAUCCUCUUCUGGUGCGUCAUUGCUGGCCUCAACAUUGCAUUCGGACUGUUAACAAGACGUAUCUACCGCAUCUUCAAGCCGUUGCCUCCAGUUCCCCGACAAUGGAUCCUGACUCUGAUUCCUGCAUACUCCGAGAGUGAGGAGCAAAUCGUGAAGACAAUAUACUCACUCCGCGACAACGAAGUUGGGAAACAUCGUCAGGUCAUGGUUGUGUUACUUGAUGGGAAGCCUCGUGAUGUACGCAGUCAUCUGACGCACAUCAUUCGCGAUUUCGAAAGACCCUACGUAUCACUCAAGCACAAACGUGGCGUUCUGAAGAUAACGGCAGGGUUUGCAGAAGAUGUGCCUGUCAUCGUCAUCGAGAAAGUCAAAAACAGCGGUAAGAGCGAGAGUUGA